UCAAUGACAACCACACAUCGAGGGGGAAAACGUUUUAAAUCGACGUUUAUGUGGCAUUUUGGCACUGGUAGCCUGUAAACUGCUAAGCUCAUGUCAGGUGAUGCAGGUGUGCUGUGUGAGCGUUUGUUGACACUGUGUAAGCUGUCGUACCAUAUGUUUCUCUACAAUGGAGCCAAAGGCCCUUAAAAGCUUGGUGUUAAACAAUGUACCAGUCAAGAUGGGGCAGACCCUGUGCAUAUGCUCCCGUGGCUCGAUCACCAUUGAUAACAAAAAAUACUACUUUGUCCAGAAACUAGACGAAGGGGGCUUCAGUUACGUUGAUCUGGUGGAGGGGGCAAAGGAUGGGCGGUUCUACGCCUUGAAGAGGAUCCUGUGCCAUGACCGUGAAGGCCAUCAGGAGGCUCAGACAGAAGUGGAGAUGCAUCAGAUUUUUAAUCACCCCAACGUCUUGAGUCUGGUUGCAAACACCUUUGUUGAUCGUGGAGGCAAGACUGAAGCCUGGUUACUUCUGCCUUACAUCAGAAAAGGCAGUCUGUGGUCUGUUUUGGAGAAGCUAAGGGACAAGGGGAGCUCAAUGCCUGAAAAACAAAUUUUGCAUAUCCUGCGUGGCAUCUGCUCUGGACUCAAGGCCAUUCAUGAAAAAGGCUAUGCACACAGAGACCUGAAGCCCACAAAUGUGCUUCUGGAUGAGGAUGACAGGCCGCUUCUGAUGGACCUUGGCUCUAUGAACCGUGCCAGGAUUGAGGUUAGAGGAACCAGAGAAGCCAUGACCAUACAGGACUGGGCAGCCCAGCGCUGCACCAUUUCUUACAGGGCUCCUGAACUCUUUAAUGUAGAGAGCCACUGCGUUAUAGACGAGCGCACUGAUAUCUGGUCACUCGGCUGUGUGCUUUACUGCAUGAUGAUGUUGGAGGGGCCGUAUGACAUGGUAUUUCAGAAGGGGGACAGCGUUGCCCUGGCUGUCCAGAAUCCAGUGACCAUCCCACAAUCUUGCAGCUACUCGCAGGGCCUGCAGAUGCUGCUGAGCUCCAUAAUGGUGUCAAAUCCCCAGGAGAGACCCAACAUCCACUGGGUUCUUGACCAGGUACAUGACCUGCAGAGUUGCAGCCCCAAUACCCAAACCAACAUGGUCUGAUCUUGCACGGUGCACUGGAUGUGGGAUCUUGGAAACCUUUGCACACUUAAAUGAGCGUCUAUUACUUUGAGCUUAAUAAUAUUUCCUUUAUUUAUUGACUUUAGUGUAAAAGCCUAGGUGCAGACUUUCACUCUUGGCAACAAUUAGUUUGAAUGAUCUAAUCAAGCCUGCGUAUCCCAGUGGACUCUUGUAGGCUUCAACUGAAGAAUUUUGAAAGGCCCUGCAAUAUAAUACAUAAUGCUUCUCAUAAUUAACUGGUUUUACCUUGUACCCGCUUUCACGUCAUUCAAUGUGAAGCUGGAGCUAGCAGCCUGUUAUCUUAGCUUAGCAUAACUACUGGGAGGUGGGGGAAACUGCUAGCCUUCUGAAACUCUGUUGUUAUAAUGUUAUGUCUUUUUUUGUUUAAUCUGUACAAAACCAAAAUGUAAAAACACAAAAUGUUGGUUGUGUGAAUAUAAUGUGUUAGUGAGCGUUAGAGGUACUGGUAUGCUGAUUUAGUUACCUUUGGACACAGCCAGGCUAUCUGUUUCCUCCACCUCCCAGUAGUUAUGCUAAAAUAAAUGUCUUCUGGCAGUAGCCUUAGCAAAAAAAAUGAUUUCUAAAGAUUCCUUAAAAAAAAAAAAAAAA